CUACUUUGAAAUUCCCAAGAUUCAAAAUCGCAACGAAGUGGUGUAGCAAAACCCUAAAUUUCCCACCGCGAAUACGACCCUGAUCCCUAAUAUGUGUUCCAUAGAAGACGACACAAGUCCGAACUGGAGUCACAUUCCAAUUUCAAAUUCGAAGCCUAAGGUGAUAGUGAUAAUGGGCGCAACAGGGGCCGGAAAAUCCAAACUCGCAAUUGACCUUGCGUCCCACUUCCCGAUUGAAGCCAUAAAUGCUGAUUCCAUGCAGGUUUAUAGAGGAUUAGAUGUUCUGACCAAUAAAGUUCGUCCCGAAGAGCAGAAAGCUCAUUGGAACAUGCUACAUGCAAGUGGAAUAAAACAUAUGAUGAUGCCUACGGAUUGGUGUCGUAUGACCACAUACUGUGGAAAAAAUGGGGGAAUGUAUCACAUGUUUGAUAACUUUUUGUUAGUUUUUAGCAUAAUUGUAUGUAUUUGAAAAAAUAUAAUUCUACUUAAAAGGGAGGAAUAUUCGUUCUUACAAGUCUUCUCCUUUUUACAAACUUAUAUUUCCUCUCCAUGCUUGUGUAGUUCUAUGUGCUUGAGAUACCUGAUCUGUACAUUUUGAUGUUUUUGUUUUUUAUUUUGCUUGCUCGGGGAUAGGUGUGGCACAUCAUCUGGUUGGUACUCUAAGCUCAAAUGUAGAAUUUACAGCAAGGGAUUUUUGUGACCAUGCUAUUCCACUCAUUCAUGAAAUAUCAUCUCGCAAGUUCUUGCCUGUCAUUGUUGGUGGAACAAAUUACUAUAUACAGGCACUUGUUAGUCCAUUCCUUUUGGAUGUAGCCGCUGAAGAUAUAGAAGUCAAUUGUUCACUGGAUACGAUUGAAAAUGAGAAACUCAAUCUUGGACUCGAAAUUGAGCGAGAGAAUAUUUGUUAUAAUUAUGAUUAUCUUAAAGCAAUUGAUCCCAUUGUUGGCUGUCGAAUUCAUCCAAAUGAUAAUAGGAAGGUCCAUCAAUACCUUAACUUGUAUGCACGAUUUGGUGUCCCUCCAAGUAAAGUUCUACGAGAAAAUACAGCAAAGGACAGAACUGGGGUCAGGUUGAUAAUUCAAGAUUUAACAUCUGUUUUAUAUGCGUGGAUGCAUCUCUAUCGGCAUUGGACCUUUUUGUUGAUAAAAGGGUUGAUCACAUGAUUGAAUCUGGUCUGCUUGAUGAAGUUUUUGACAUUUACCGGACAGAUGCAGACUACACAAAAGGCUUUCGACAAGCUAUUGGUGUUCGGGAAUUUAAUGAUUUUUUGACACACUGCUUGUAUGCACAUAAAAAUUCUAGUGAUGCAUCCCUCUCUCAAUUGUGGAGUAUCGAUACUUUUAAACAAACUGUACACAAUAUUCGAUAUGGCCCUGGUGAUGACAAGGGAAAAGUUCUUUUGAUUGAAGCUAUUGACAGAGUGAAAUUGAACACCAGAAGGCUAGUUCGCCGCCAAAGGAGAAGAAUCCAACGCCUGCAAAUGCUUUUUGGAUGGGAAAUUCACUGCAUUGAUGUUACCCGUUACAUUUUGGCGGCUUCUGAUGAGAUUUGGGCAGCAGAAGUGGUUGAGCCAGCCGUCGCAAUCAUAAAAUCCUUUCUCAAUGGAGAAUUGUACUUGGAGAGUACCAGAGCUAACAUUAAAGACAUAAAACUAAACCAAACAGAUCAAUGGAGUCAAUUUGUUUGUGAGGCAUGCGGUAAUAAGGUGCUCAGAGGUGCUCACGAGUGGGAGCAACACCGACAGGGCCGUAACCAUCGGAAACGAAUUUCUAGCCUCAAGAGUGUGAGAAGAUACUCAGUUAAUUAAUUGCACUGAAACAUUUUCUUUUUACUAAAUGUGUUUAGACUACACUAGAGGGAUCAAUGUCUGUUUCUUGGGAGCGUUUAACUAAUGUGUGAUGAUUAAGGGGGGGGGGGGGGUUUAUGGACUUNUUGGCAAUUUAUAGCACACAAUUAUUAAAUGGAGUUUAUGAAA